AUGCCUCAAAUCGAAGGAAACGCUCGCCAUCCUAUAUCACUAGCAACCUUGUCACUACGCCGACUUGUCGCGGAGGAGGCAUCUUAUCACAAGGAGCUUGAACAGCAAAAAACCAGCAUUGAGAAGAAGGAGCAAGGCCUUAAAAACAUUAAAGAGUCCCCAGAAGAUGAAGGAAAUGCGCAGUGGAUGCUAAAUCAAGAACGUACCGCUUUUGAAGAAACGAAGAAAGUAAUGGUUCGCAUGGAGGAAGUAGCUAGAAAUGCAAUGGAGAAAUUGGAGGGGUUGUUACGAGCAGUUAAAAAUGAAGAUGAUGUCCCCGAGUCAAUAAUUAAGGAGGCCUCGGAAGAGAUCGAAAAGGCAAAAUUGGCAAUUCCUGGUCUUGCGAGGUCGGCAUAA